AUGGCAUCACUUGGCUUCUCCCAUCCCACUCCCCCCCAACCAUAUACCAAUCCCCUCUUUCCUAGCUGGCACUCGGAUCUCACCUGUGUCUACGUUCCGGAGCAGGAUACUUUCUUCUGCGCCACGUCCACCCUCGUCGCCUUUCCAGGCCUGCCAGUCUAUGCAGGCAAAGACCUGCAGAACUGGAAACUCGCCAGCAACGUCUUCAAUCGACCCAGUCAGAUUCCCGACCUGCGCAUCACCGACGGCCAGCAGUCGGGUAUCUACGCCCCCACGCACCGCUACCACGACGGCAUAUUCUACUUGAUCGUCUCCUACCUGGGCCCGCAGACCAAGAGUCUCCUGUUCACGUUGUCCGAUCCGUUCAGCGGUGCCGCGUGGUGCGAGCCGCUCGUCUUCUCCGUCCGCGGCAUCGACCCGGAACUCUUCUGGGACGACGAUGGAACGGUGUACGUGACGUCGGCGGAUGACCAGCAGAUCCAGCAGUGCUCGCUUGACCUGCGGACCGGCGAGACAGGGCUAAUGGUCGGCCAUGCGGACUUGUUCUACGAUGAUGGCGAUGGACACUGGUGGGCUGUGGCGCUGAGUACACGCUCGGGCCCGGAGUGGAAGAACUACCCCAUGGGUCGCGAGAUGGUCCUGGCCGCUGCGACCGGGGAUGAAGGGGAAUGGCCGGUCGUCCAGCCUGUCCACGGACAGAUGCAGAGCCCUCUUCCGCGGCCGAACAGGGGUAUCCGUCGCGGCGACGCCGCGUGGAUCAACGAACCCGACGAGAUUGACUUUCUGACGGGUUCGUCGAUUCCGCCGCACUUGGUGUACUGGCGGCAUCUGAAGCCGGAGGAUUUCACCGUCUCGCCAGCGGGCCAUCCUCGUACGCUCCGGCUGACGCCCCCGUUCUAUAAUCCCACCGGAACGGAGGACUUUCAGCCGGAUGAUGGGUUGACGCUCAUCAUACGCCAUCAGACUGAUACGUUGUGCGCAUACAGUGUGAUCGUAUCUUUCAACCCCAGGGUGGCCGACAAAGAAGCGGGCGUGACGGUUUUUCUGACCCAGCAGCAUAUUGAUCUGGGUGUUGUCCUGCUUCAGUCCUCCAAAGGACUAUCGCUGGCCUUCUGGUUUCGCGUAGAGGGCCGCGGUAACUAUCGAGACGCGACCCCAGAGAACACGGUACCUGUGCCUGAGGAUUGGCAAGGCGGACCCAUCCGUCUGGAGAUCCAGACCGUGAACGAUUCCGAGUAUGUCUUUGCAGCUGCUCCAGCUCGGCACCCGAAACAACGAAUGGUCAUCGGAUGCGCCGAUGCGCUGAUUGUCAGUGGUGAUACGGGACGGUUUACUGGAUCGCUCGUUGGUGCAUAUGCGACGAAGAAUGGCGGCUCGGACUCCACGCCGGCAUAUAUAAGCAGAUGGAGAUAUGAGGGACGCGGGCGGAGAGUUGACUCCGAUCGAGUCAUUCCCAGUUGA